AAAGUUCUUAUUUUAUCUUAAUGAAUGCAUAUUAUUAUUUGUUAUAAUUAUUAUGAUUAAUUUUAUUUAUGUACGAUAAUAUUUAUAAUUCGGCAUUUUUCGAUGAUUUAAUUACAGAUUAGAUUUCAUAUAAUCUGUGAUUUAAUCGGCAAUGGUCUAAAAAUAGGUAGCGUCUUGUUUACCGAAUUUACUCUUCCACCCGACGGUCGUAGUUUGUAGUUUUGUAUUAUUGACUACCUAUUGUAUUUUUAAUUUUGUACUCGAUAAUUCGUUGAAAUUUCGUCCAGACGUUUAGACCGUUUAGUGUUCUGUCUUCUGUGUUCAGUCGUUACAACUCAUUGAUGGCAUAGUGUUGUUCGAUCGUCGAAUUACGACGAUUCGUCGAUGGUUCACUGUUGUCGUCAAUUUUUGUCAUGAAUAACUACGUAUUAACUAAUAUCCGCACAUUUUUUGCCAAAUGAAACUGUUUAGCUAUAUCAAUAGCUUAAAAACCCACAUUACCGGACUUACUGUCUAGCAUUGAACUCGCCGUCUAUCAACUUCGACCACCAUGGAAACAGUCCGCGAAGAAGCUCCUAAACGGACGUUGGGUGAAGCCGACGACGACGGUAACGGUACGAAAAGACUGAAAACCGACCCUGAAACUUAUCAGUUCUUGUCAACGGUAGAAAAUAUAAAAACUGUGAAUGACCCGAAAAAGUGGAAUAUACUGCCUUCGAUUGUGUACGAUUUGCUCGCGCUAUUGAAGAAAACGGAAAAACCUAAAUCUGUCGAGGAAAAACGAGAUAAACUUGAUACUGAUUUUAAAGAAGUUUCAUCAAAUCAAAAUUGCCAAGAAAAACUUUUAAAUAAUGCUUCCAAACAUGAUAAUUUGAAAGAGGAAGAUAAAUGCCAUAAAAUUAGUAUCGAAGAUUCCAAUUUAAAAGUUCCAAAUAUUACAAAAGUUUCCAUCCAAAAUACAAAUAAAUUAGACUUGUCAUCAGAAUAUAUAACAGAAAAUGUUCCAAAAAAAUCAAAAGCUUCACCUGUUCAACUGGUUGUAGAGAAUACUGCUGUUCACAAGGCUGAAGAAAUAAAAGAUGAAUCAAAUAGAAAAACUAUUGUUGUCAAAGAGCUGCAUACAUCUACAGACAAUGCUUAUAAUUUAUCUGUGUCUACAAACAAUUUUCCUUGUACAGAUCCAUUCACAAAUGAUAUUUCUAAAGCGGUUAUGUCUACAGAGAGUGUUUCUAAUGUAGCUACAUCUACUUAUAAUGUUUAUAAUACUCCCUUUCUUGCAGCAUCUGGAACUAAUAUUUCUAAUACUUUGAAUACAUUUACAAAUAGUAUUUAUAAUACGGCCAUACAUUCAUCUAAAAGUAGCAAUACAAUAAUUGUACCUGAGAAUAGCACUCAACAAGUUAUUUCUAUAACAAAAAAAAAUUUUAGAGAGCAAAUGUUUGAGAUUUUAAACGAAAAAUGUUUCAACAAUAUUUCAAAAAUACUUUUAACUAAACCAUCUUUAUGUACUUGUAAGGGUUGUACAUUUGUGACUAGCUUACCGAUAAAACAAUCAGCAGCAUAUAGUCUUUUAUUCACAUCAAACGAUUUGGAAUCUUCAAAUGUACCAGAUGCUGGUAGUUCUAUUUCUCCUAAAAAUGACUGUAAUUCGAACCAAUCAAAUACACCAUGUAGAUAUCAAAAAACACUUACUUAUGAAGACUCUCCUAAAAAUAUUUGGAUUAAUCAUUUAACUUCUUUGAUUAAUAAAAAAGAUAGUUCCUCCCAAAAUUGUCAUCAUACGACUAAUAAAAUUGAUGUUUCAAAAAAAUUGAACUCCGUACAAAAUGUUAUUAAUAAAGUGCAUAAAAUCACUCGACAUAUUUCAUCGAAUCUUCCAUUUUGUAGCAAAUGUAAAGGACCAAAAUUGAAUAAAUAUAAUAGUUGUAAAUGUAGUCGAUCUUUAAACAGAUGUUAUAAAAAAGAUAAAUAAUUACGUAUACCCUAUGAAUCUAUAUAUAUAUGUAAAAAAUCUAUGUAUGCGUUUUAAUAUUUUCCUGUUUAUUUUUUUGUUAUUUAUUUGACCUCAUCAAAUGGUUGUUAUUAUUUGUCUAAGCCAUUAUGUAUUAAAAAAAAAGUUUCAACGUAUUAUUUUUACUUUAGUUGGAAUACAUUUAUUUUUUAACGAAUAAAUUAUUAUUAUUUGUGUUCA